AUGAAUGUACCCGCGGAAUUUUUCGUCCCUAUCGGCCAGCGUGCCAACCAACCAACCGUGCACCAACCAUCACCUCAGCGUUAGCGGGCCGAAACUUCGCUUAUCGGAUCCACCCCGCCCUCCCAUCCGAUUCCCCAGCCGCGCCCUCGCCCUCUUCCUCCAAUCCGAAUCGCCGCCUCCCACCGAUCCGCUCCCGCUCCGGCAUGGCUGCGCCCCGGCCUGCGGUGGCGCCGAGGAGUUCGGCGGCCUAGCGUUUGGUUCUGAGGAUUCAGGAGGUUCCUGCUGGAUUGCGCUAUCGGAUCUUGGGGGGCCGUCGAGGAUCCGAUCCCGGCCCGGCGGCCGCCGCCGGAUGGGCCCCGACGGGCGCCUCCGCCGCGCGCUGGCCGCGUUCGGGGGCGGCGGCGACGUGUGGGACCUCGUGGACGCCGUGCUCGCCGCGGUGGCGCGGGACAGCCCCGACGAGCUGCGCUCGCGCCGCGACGGCAUCGUGGAGCUGCUCUACGCCGGGGCCCGCUGCCGCAACUGCGACGCCCCGCCGGUGCUUGCUCAGCUCAGGACGGUGGAUGAGGCUGCUGCUGCGGCGGCGGCGUCUCCGGUCUCGCCGGACGAGGAGGUUGACGCGGACGGCCUCGGAGAGGAUGAGGCCGAUGCCGGCGCCGGCGUGGAGAGCAAGAUCCUGGCGAUCAGGGACUUCCUGGAGGACCCCGACCAGUCGGAGGACGAGCUCGUGGGCCUGCUGCAGAACCUGGCAGACAUGGACAUCACCUACAAGGCUCUCCAGGACACGGACAUCGGCCGGCAUGUGAAUGGCCUGCGCAAGCACCCAUCCGGGGAAGUGCGGCAGUUGGUGAAGCUGCUUGUCAGGAAAUGGAAGGAGAUGGUGGAUGACUGGGUGCGGCUGCACAACUCAGGCGGUGAUGUUGGUGGCUUGAUCAUAAGCUAUGGUGACUCGCCCGAUAAAUUCCAAUCCAAGUACCAUCAAAACACUCAGGCUUCAGACUUCAAGUAUUCCCCCAGCCCACAGAGCCACAAUGGUUUGAGCUCAGAGAGGUCUAGCAAUCAUUAUGUGGUGGAGUCAACAAUGGAGAAGCGUGGAACGAGCCCGGUACCCACAUAUCAUACUACCAAGCAGAACAACGGCAACAGCUAUUCUACCAGUUCACCAUCUGUUUCAAUGAGGACAGUGAGGGAGCAAAAGGAUACUCUUUUGGAUCCUGAGAAGCUAGAUUCAGCCCGGAAGAGGCUUCAGGAAAAUUAUCAAGAAGCACAAAAUGCGAAAAAGCAGAGGACGAUUCAAGUGAUGGAUAUCCACGACAUACCGAAGCCGAAAAAUCGGAACACCUUCAUCCGCAAGAGCGGUGGUGGAGGCGGACUCCCGGCAAGGCACCGGUGAUCUGUCCAACCAUCAUUGACAUGCUGCAAACUUGCAAAUCUGUAUCUUUUCCACAAGUCGAAAAUGUAAAAUAAAAAGGAACGAGGGAAGAGUUUUUUUUUUGGGUUUAAUUUAUACCCUUACCGUUACCUGUUCGGCUAGCCUCUUCACGAGUCCACUGUAAUAUUGCCCAGUACAUGAAGUUAUGGUUGUGCUUCUCUUAAGGCUGAAGAGAAAAUGAAAACUUGAAGGUUAUUAAGCGAAAAGAACAUGGAGCUGUAAAAUUGGGUGAGCA